UCGUUUUAUUUCCAUGUCGGAGUGGUGGAAUAAAACUUGUGUGUGCGUUUCGUUUCAUCAGUGCGUUGUUAGUUGUGUUGUGUGCGCGCCUAUCCUUAACAUUCUCGACCUCAAGUAAAUAUCGAAAGGCGUAUAUUCCGGGGGGGAAAAGGAUUCGUAUAUAUGCAGUUUAAUGUGGAAUAGAGUGAAGAGAGGGUGGAAUAAUGAUGCGAAACAGUGAGUGUUGGGUGAUAUUUUGGAUUAAAGUAUAAUUCGGGAGUUUGUGGAUGCCCACUGGUGGAUCUUGGGGCUGUUUUUUUUGGCGUUUGUAACAUGGGAAGGUCCAAGUUUCCCGGCAAGCCGCCUAAGACGGUAACAAGAAAGCGAAUCAAGGUUCUUGGUAGGCCUGAUACUGCCCAAACUGCCGAUUCCGUCACUGUUGCCGAAAACAUUUACUACGGACUUUCCCUGGCGAGUGAAACACUUGGUGACAAUGAGAAGGAACCUCCUCCAUUUCACGGCUUCAGCAGCAAAGAGGCAAAACUGUCAGUGUCAUAUAUAAAAACUAAACAGCCCGACAACGAUAAAAAUGUUGAACAAAAUCCCAACAAUGUCCCUUUGGAUCCCCAAAAACCUUCGCAACAAUCUGAAAAUAAAACCGUGGAAACUGAUGAGAAUUCAUCGAGUAAAGUUGUCCCAAAGAAUCAUGUAGCAUCAACUGUUGAGGAUGGUGAUGAAGAGGUGAAAAAUAAAUCAAACAAGCCAAAAGUAUGUAAACGUGUCAGAUUCAAAGCUGUCGUUGGUACGCCAGUAUUAAAAUCAGUUAACAAUAUCUUGGAUCGCCAUCAAAGAACCCGACAAUUGCGUAAUAGUACAGCAAAACGUUUAUUACAAAGAGCGAAAUUCAAUAUCAGUACGAACAAUCGUGGCAAUAGUGUGCCAACGAGUGAUAAAACUAGUAAUGUGAGAAAAUUCAUUCUACCAAUGCGUAGUGCACACUCGUCGAGGGUAAUAAAGCCAAACAAAAGGUUCAUCGAGGAAUUGGAAGAACGUACUAGUCCUGACAACGAGAAUGACAGUAAAAAUACGAAGAAAGUUAAAGUUGUGCCUGAAAAAAGAAGUAACACUGAGAAUAUUGAGAAAACACAUAAGGAGGGUAAACAGACGAAAUUCAAAUGGCGAAAGAACCCUGUCAAGGUGGAUAUUGUGAAUGCAAAAAGAUUGAGAGACGCGAGAUCUCAAAAGGAGAGAAAAACUCAGAACUCCAGUAAAAUCAAAAUUACCUCGAAUCAAACAACUCACAGUAAUAAGCAAUUAUCAGUUCCUAAAAAAGCUCUUCCUGAUUCAAAUGUUCCAAUUGUUGAGUCUUCCAGGAUUCAGACGAGGUCAGGAGCACAGAGUGAGGCAUCGACGGUCCAGAGUUGCUCAGAGUCCCCAGAAACUCCAAACAUCAGCCCCGAAGAUUCCACCACAGAUGCUGACAAAAUGGAGGUGGAGGAAUCUGAAGAAGUGGAGGAAGAGAAUGGCGAUGACUUUGUCUCUGACAGUGAAUUAUCAGAGAGUGGAACUGAUCAAAGUAACCACAGUGAGGAUGAACAGUCUGAGUGGACUGGAAUGAAGUUUCAUGGUGGCAAAGUGAUCCUUCGUAAAGCAAGGCUGAAGCUGGAUAAUAAAAAUUCUGGGGGAACCGAGGGGCCAUUUUCUGUCACAAACACCCAAAAUGUUCCUGGUAAUCAGACCAAUCCAGGGCUGACUGGUACGGUGAAAUGUGGAGUUUGUGGUGCAGUUAGAUUCUAUCGUUUCGUCAAACAGGCUCGGAAAUUUGGAAUUCACAGCUGCGAGUCCUGCAGGAAGUUCAUCAGCAAAAUGAUCAAGAGACAGGCGUGUGCAAAGGCUGGUAAUAACUCUCUGCCAAUUCUCCAGUGCCACAAAGGAGAUGGGCUGUGCUUGGUGCCACCAGUGGUGCGGAGCCAGCAGUGGAAUCUGAUGAGAUGUGUUUACAAGGCCAGAUGUCCGGCUUGUUGGUUGAAAAUGUGUCUCAAGUGCUAUCACAUUCCAACAACAUUGAAAACUGGACUCAAUGCACUCCUUCCACCCUUGAUGAGGGAUCCUGUAAUAUCAUUGGGUUCACUGGGACAGGAUGACAGUGAAGUGCUGGGACAGAAGACGAUUGGAUCGAUGAGUUGGCCCUCGGAGGACAGUCUGGAGAAGAAUCUCUUCAAGUCAGCUAUGAGUUGGAGUGGAAUUGAAAUUUCAAAGGAGGGCAUCAGCAAUGGAACUUCUUCGAUGAAACAAGGGAAAUUCGAUUCUCCAGUGAUUGUUUCACCAGGAAAAAAGAGGAAAAAAGAUAACAGGAUAAAGGUGAGGAAGAGAGUGAAGAAUCCAAUUGUUUCGCCUCCACCUCCUCCAGUGGUCAGUCAGGGUGCUCAAGCACCAGCUGUCAGACAGAGGGUAGAUCUUAAGGGUCCCAGAGUGAAGCACGUUUGCAGAAGUGCCAGUGUUGCUUUGGGUCAACCAAUAGCGACAUUUCCGUCUGGCGAUGGCAAAGACGAGACUGAUGCCAACAAGACUGUCCCAAAAACAUCAAAAGACGAAGAUAAAUCAGAUAAACGAGAGGAAAUCACUAAAGAGUCACAGAAGCCUAAUCAAGAGAACAACGUUAAUUCUAAUAAUAACGUACAACAAACGUACGCAAAAAGGAGUAAAAAUCAACAAAAUAUUUUGGCACUGAAUCAUCAAGUGGUGCGGGCAUUACCAAAGCCAACAGUCAAUACUGCUCAUACAAUAUCGAUAGACUUUUGGGAGCAGUAUGAUCCGGCUGAAGUUGGUGCCAAAGGUUUUGCACUCAUUGGAUCUGAGAACUUUCACAUUCCUGCUAUUUGUUUUCUUUGUGGGAGUGCUGGAAAAGAACCAUUGAUACAUUGUCAAUGUUGUUGCGAGCCAUACCAUGCUUUCUGCCUGGAGCCCAGUGAGUGGAAUGCCUGUGCCCAACCCAACUGGUGCUGUCCGCGUUGCACAAUCUGUCAGACUUGCCACUUGCGUGUGGGCCCCAAAUUAUCCUGCAUAAGGUGUCGUCAGUCAUUUCAUCAUGCCUGUUUAUCAAAAUCUGGCGUCAAUGCAAGGCUGUAUAGUCCAGAUACGCCUUACGUCUGUCAGAGCUGUGUCAAAUGUAAGAGCUGUGGCAGCGAAGGUGUAAACGUCUACGUCGGCAAUCUUCCAUUAUGCUCCAUGUGUUUCAAGCUUCGACAGCAGGGUAACUACUGUCCUCUGUGCCAGCGUUGCUACAACGAAAACGACUUCGACUCGAAGAUGAUGGAGUGCAACGAGUGCUCUUGCUGGGUACACGCGAGAUGUGAAGGGCUCUCGGAUGAAUUUUAUCAAGUCCUGAGUUAUCUGCCAGACUCAGUAGAGUUCACCUGCAGCCAGUGCUCCCCAAAUCCCAAUUCAGUCUGGAGAAACGCUAUUGAGAGUGAACUCAAAGCCGGUUUCAUCUCUGUGAUUAAAGCCCUGAGUAAAAAUCGUAAAAUGUGUGCAGCAUUGAAAUGGAGUCCUAGAAAAGAAUGCCUUUGUAAGCCUUCAGCCAGUGUCAGAAGGCUAGAUUUCUCGGAUGAAAAAAUCUUUGGAGAGCUUACUGAUGAUGCUGAGGAUACUGAAAAACCUCCAGAACUAGUCGUAGACCCUAAAGUCGAUCCACUGAGUAGGUUUGACUUUGAAAUCGACGAUCAGCCCAUUGACUUUCCCCGAAGAGGCCUCAGAAGGCUAAAGCAGAAAUUUCACCUCAAGGAGUGCUCAGUGAGAGUGAAGAACUGCAUCAUUCCCAAGGACACCCAAGAGGACAGUUCAAGCCAAGAGUCAUCGAGUACGUGUGAGAAUCGAGAGUGUCACUGUUCAGAGCAGCAGAUUCUAGCAAGACCAUCACCGACGUUGAUGUCAGUCAAGAGAAAAGUCAAUGGAAAUGAGUACAGAUCUCUGUUUCAAUUUCACUGUGACAUGGAGCACGUGGUGAACAGAGCUGGUGCUGAUGAUCUGAUUGAGUCCUAUCAUAAAUCACUGCAAGAAGUUUUUCCCUGGUUCGAUCCAAAACGUUCGAAAAUCAGUUCCUCUGGUAGUGGACUGUCGACACCGUUGAAAGAUCCAUCAAAAUGCCUGGACUCUCCACUCUGCUCAAAACUGGAUGACUCGAUUUUGGAGACGUGGAAGGAGGAAGUGCUUAAAGCUCCGAAGGCAAUAGCAGCGAAGACUGGCAAUUUGUACAGCAACAUUACUGUUGACGACACGAGAUUUUGUUCACUCUGCAAGGGUCUGGGUGAUGGACAGGGGAUGAAAGAGGGCAGGCUUCUGUACUGUGGACAGAAUGAGUGGGUGCACUCUAAUUGUGCUCUCUGGUCAAAUGAGGUGUUUGAGGAGAUUGAUGGCUCUCUCCAAAACGUCCACAGUGCCAUAUCCAGGGGUAAGCAGAUUAGGUGCUCAGAGUGUGGGAAGAAGGGUGCAAGUGUUGGAUGUUGUGCUAAGAACUGCUCAACGACUUAUCACUUUCCAUGCGCCAGAAAUGUCGGUCUUGGAUUCAACGACGACAAGACGAUAUUCUGUGCAUCACAUCUGAGCAAUUGUGCCACCAAAACUCCUCACACAAAUGAUGAUUUCGAGCUGAAGAGACUGGUUUAUGUCGAGCUAGACAGAAAGAAGAAGAAAUUUGUUGAUCCCAGUCAGGUCAAAGUUAUGAUUGGAUCAUUGAUGAUCGAUUGUUUGGGGAUAAUUGUUCCCGAGUUCUCUGAUACUCCUGACAAAAUUCUUCCAACCAACUACAAGUGCUCCAGGUUAUACUGGUCGACCGUCAAUCCAAUGAAAAUCGUCAAGUACUACAUCAGAACUUAUGUUCAGCAUUGUACUGCUGAAGUGACUAUCGAUGCUGAGCAUAAUGUUACGAUUGAUCACUCCAAGGAAUUGGAGAGAGAGGAGAGACAGAAAUUGGAACAACUGGUGGUCAAGCAAACUCUAGACGCUGUUAUUGAUUCUGUUUACAAUAAAGAGGUUGAUGAGAACCUUGCUGAGCAAAACAACACUGAUCUCCUUCCCCCUGAAAUAACAGAUGUCAUUUUCCAGGAUUUGCCACACGAUCUGUUGGACGGAAUAUCCAUGCAGGAUAUUUUUCCAAAAAUGAGUUAUGAGGAUUUUUUAGCAAUGGACAUGAGGAACGAUGGCGUCUUUGGGAAUGAUCUUCUGAAAGAUGACAUACUGCCCUCUGAAGUUGAUGAAAUCAUAAAACCCUCUGAAAAUAAAGUCUCCAAGAUCGAUCCUACAAUGUCAGAAUUAUCUCAGAAUGAUCUGUGGCUGCAUCUGGAGACCAAAGGAUGUGUCCAAGACUUUAUGGACGAUUUAUUGAAUUCCAAGGGCCAGAAAAUGGGUGGAAGGGAACUCAAGAGGUCAAAGUCUGAGGUGAUUUCCAAUAAUUCACUGAUGGUUGGAGGACAAAGGCAUCAUCAGAGAUCGUGUAGUUUGACCUGGAGUUGUAAACUUGAUGGGACAUAUGGGCCAACAAUGAAGAGAAGAAAGAUACCACGAUCUGCACCAACACCAAGAACAACUGGUGAGGCUAAUUUGAUGGUAAUGGAUUCUCAAAAUGAAAGGACAUCAAUGUUCCACGAGCUGAGAAUUCCAGAGAGCAUUAUGCUGACAGUUGGGAGGGCCAACACUCCGAGUAUAAUAGGAGAAAACAACAAAGAUCACAAAAGACUUCUUUGGCACACUAGGCAGCAACCGAGAAUAGUUCAAGUCGACGGUCCAGCAGAUCCAAGUAGUGCCAGUGAAUGCAGCUCCCCAGAAUAUAACAUUGAGGAGAGAAUUCCCCAGAUAGACGGUACCAACGAUGAAACAUCAUCAGACAGCAAUUCGUGGUUCUCUUUCAGAGACAAACCCACUUCUCCCCGUCCGGCUUUUCCUCCAAAUGAUUUGAAACAUGAUGAACGACCUUUCCUCUACGAUGAAAGCAGUAACGAGAGCUUUAAAAUCCCCCAACUGGACGGUGCUGAUGACGUCUCGAGUGACGAGGAGAGCUCCCACAACGCCCAACAAGCACCAAUGCCCUGCACCUCUGUUGCAGACAUUGGUGAUGGCCCAGUGACGUGCAAGCGAUGUCAGUGCACCUACAGAACCCAAGACAGCUACAAUCGUCAUCUAAUGACCUGUGACAUUGUCACAAUGAGUGACAGUGACUCAGAGACAAUUGAUAACAAAGGUUCAUCGCCACAUUCAAGGUUCUCAGACAGCGUUGGAUCGAUGUCCCCUCAGUUCAUCACAAUGUCACCCUCAGAGGGUCACACAAUGACCUCGGAAUACCCAGACAUGCAAGUUACUUCACCACUGGAAGCCUCAGUACCUUCACCCCACCCAGCCAUUCAGAUUGAACCAAUAGCUCAGGCUCUAAUCACACCCCAGAUUCAUACUCAUUCAACUGUUGAAACUGUCCACCAAACAGUAUUAACGUCGAAUGAAGUGAUCGUCCAGACCCAGUAUACGAGAACAACCACAACUCUACCGAAUUCAGCAGUAUUACCACAAGAGAGCACUGUGCAAAUAACAGAGAUAACAGACACUCCCACACCAGAUGAGGGAAUACCAACACCGAAUCUCUCACCAACUGGAAUAACUGAGACUAUUGCAAGCCCUCAGGUGUCUCCAAGUGGUUCAUCGAUGGGCCUGUCAGCGUGUGGAAUAGCUGAGGGGGCUCCUGUGAAUGUGCAGUCCCCAAAAAUAUCGAAACCCAAGUCCCCCAGAACCCCCAAGCCCAGAACAAAGAUGAUCAAGCCACAGAUAAUGAGGAAUUCAGUUCCCCAGCAGGUUGGACCAGUUCGUUACCAAACAAUGCAGAGUGCAACUCCAGUUCUCCAGCUGCAGCAGCCCCAGAGACCAACAGCCCCAACGGUGAUUCUUCAGCAAGUGCCAGGCUCUGGCCUGAUGUCCUACGUUGAAACUCUCCAACAACAAUCCGGACAGAACGUUCAAUAUAUAACAGCAAUUGGGGGUCAAGAAGCCAGUUACAAGCCUCAAUUCAUUACAACUAACCAGCUGGUGCCUGGUGCCUACAUCCAAGCAGGCUCAGACAAUUUAUUAGCCCUUCAGAACGGUGGAAUCUCCGUUCUUCCUGGUGUCCAACUCGCUCAACCCCAGCCAACAGUCCUGGGAACGAUAAUUCAACAGCAACCGAGUGCCAUUCAGUGUGGAGUUAUCUCCUCAGAGCAACUAGUGUUGAGUUCAACCCCAACGCUAGAGAUGUUCACAGACUCCACAGGCAGCAUGUUCGUCUCCAGUCAGCCCAUGUACUACGGCCUCGAGACAAUAGUCAGCAAUACUGUCAUGUCAUCAAGUCAAUUCAUGGCUGCAGGGGCUGUUCCCCAAGUGUUGGCUAGCAGUUAUCAGACAACAACCCAAGUAUUUCAAGCCUCCAAGCUGAUGGAGCCACUGGUGGACGUCCAGACUGUUCCCAACGUAUCCAACGUGCCAGGUGUCCAGACAGUUCAGAGCAUUCCAGGAGUCCCCAAUAUCCCAGGUGGCUAUGUAGUCGUCAAUCCCACCACUCCAGAGUCCAUUCCAACUCCUCAAAUCAGUGUACCUUCAAGCCUACCCCCAACUCUCCCCCAAUCACACGAUCAGACAUCAUCAUUCAUACGACCACCAAGCAACUCCCAUUGUAAUCCACCUCCUCCAGUUAUUGAACCGGUUCAACCUGUUCAACCAGCGCCAGAAGCACGACCAGUACAACAGAUUCCAUUCAUCCCUCAGACACGAACAGUUUCGCCACCUCGUUCAAUACAACAGACCUUACCAACAAUACCACGGGUUGCGGUUCGACCCAGUCCCAUCUCUCACACUGUGACGCAAUCGAGCCACGGCCAAUGGAAGAUCCCAGAGCCCCUCUACGCCACCGAACAAACUAUUACCAGUAGUACACGUCCCUACCUCGACUCCAAGCACGUGUCUGAAAAUACGAGCAUGAUAAAGUCGAGUAUAUCAUCGAAAAUACCACCGCUCUCUAGCCACUGUAUCACACAGAGGGAUUUACAGAUAAAUCGAUUGAAUCUUGAUGUUAAUAGUGUUCACAAUAAUAUUUACAGCACUGGAAUUACGAGCAAUGACAGUACGUUAAUAUCGAGUCAUGGAGUUAAGAGCUCUUCUGUUGCGCCACCUACGCGUCCGAUGAAUAGGGUUCUGCCGAUGCAGGCGAUGAUACCUAAACAGGAAAUUGUUAAACCAGUGGAGAAGCCUGAAAUUGUCAUUGCGGAGCCGACGAAGCCGGUGGUUAAGUCGGCAGAGGGGGAGGCGACAGUGGAGCCCAUCAAACCACUCGAUUGUGAUACUGUCGAGAAGACCUUGCCCCUUGAGAAGUCUUUCAUCGUCGAAGAAGCUGCUGAAAAGCCCUGUGUCGAGGAAGAUAUUGUCAGUGAAAAGAGCGUCGUGGAGAGUGAAGAGAAAUUGGUUGAAAAAUCGCCGGUGGAAGGGCUUGAAGAAGAGAAACCAGUGAACGUUGAGAAAAUUGAAGUCGUCGAGGGUGAUCAGGAGACGAGCAAACUGCAGCCCGAGGAGAUUGAGGAGUCGAAGGAGAACUUCAAGGUGGACACUGACAAGGAUAAUUUGAAAAAUGCAUCGUUGAAGAUUGUCCUUCAGAAACAGCUGCAAGACGGUUCUUAUAAGAUCAGCCACAAUAUGAAGUCCACGUCUCAGAGCAGGGGUACACCAAAAAUCACGUCAGUUGAGAUACUUCCGUCCAAACAAACGCCGCAAAUAGCAUCCCUCCAGUUAUUACCCAUUAAAACAUUCACCUUGAAAACCAAUAAGAUUGAUGAGAAACCCAAAUUGGUGGACAAGGAUUCAAAUCUGCCGGAGCCUAAGCUACCUCCAGUGGCGGUGAAGAAGCCGAGAUUUAUGGCGAAGAAUACGAAGCCGAGUAAAAUUACUCCACCGACUGCUGAUAGUCAGAAGAAAACAGGGCCAACAUUGAUGUAUGAGAUUAAGUCUCAGGAUGGCUUCACCCACACUGCGUCCUCGAUGGCUGAGGUCUGGGAGACUGUCUUUCAGGCUGUGCAGACAGCGCGAAAGGCUCAUAAUCUCCCACCACUGGCCCACAAUCCUCUCACUGAAGAUCUUGGGCUUGAUAACAAUGCAACUGUUUAUCUUGUUGAACAAUUGCCAGGGGUGAAUCGAUGCGUCAAGUACAAGCCGAGGUUUCAUAAUUUAUCACCACCUAAAAUAUUGGAUGACGAUGUGCUCACUGAGUCGGAUAGUGGUGCUGCACGCGCUGAGCCUUUCAAGGGGAGAAAAGUCCACGAUAUAUUCAGUUGGCUGGCGUCCAGGCACAGGCAGCAGCCGAAAAUGAUCGCCAUUUCUGAGAAUGAAAUGAGGAAGGCUGCUAGCACUAAUCUACCGAUGGCCAUGAGAUUUAGGAUAUUGAAGGAGACUUCUAAGGAAUCUGUCGGUGUUUAUCAUUCGCAUAUUCAUGGGAGGGGAUUGUUCUGCUUGAGAGAUAUUGAGGCUGGAGAAAUGGUUAUUGAAUAUGCUGGAGAGGUAAUCCGAGCAUCUUUAACCGACAAACGUGAGAAAUACUACGACAGUAAACACAUAGGCUGUUACAUGUUCAAAAUUGACGAUCAUCUAGUUGUCGACGCAACCAUGAAAGGCAAUGCCGCCAGAUUUAUAAAUCACUCUUGCGAGCCAAAUUGCUACUCCAGAGUCGUUGACAUACUAGGUAAGAAACACAUAUUGAUAUUUGCAUUACGACGCAUCGUGCAGGGAGAAGAAUUGACUUACGACUACAAAUUCCCGUUUGAGGAUAUUAAAAUACCGUGCACCUGUGGAUCACGGAGAUGUCGAAAAUACCUUAAUUGAGACUCCAUCAAACCGACUAGCGGUGAUUUAAAAUAUUGUAUUAUACAUGCUUAAUGAUUUUUAAAAAUCAACAUUAAGAAUUUUAAUUUCAUUGAACAAACCUUAGGAACAAGGUACAUAGUCUUUUUAUUUUUUCGUUCAACAUUUUUGUGUAUAGUUUUAAACAUCUCAUUAAGCCCAGAUUCCCGAGUGAAAGAAAAAAACACAUUUUUUAAUAUAAAUAAACUCUUGUAUAGUAUAAUGUAAGUUGAAGAAAAACUUUAUUAAAAGUUGAGUGUAAAAUUUAUGAACGCUGUAAGAAGGAAAUGUACUCUAAUGCGGGAGAGAUCCGCAGAUAUAGGCAUUGAUUAGAAUGCGUGAGACAGAUACUUCAGCAAAGAGGGAGAAAGCAAUAUUCGCCUUUCUUUAAUAUAUUGCGAUAGGAUUUAUAUGAAUAUCCUGAUAUAUACGUCGUUAAGUCUAAUGGUCAUUCUUUUGAUUGAUAAAAUUAUACGGUGCAUACUGCAAGUGGGCAUUUCAAUCAAUUCUUUUCUAAUUCUUUAACUGUGGAGUAUGAAAUUGUUGGAACGUCGUUAUGCAUUAUUGUGCUUCCAACUCUAUUUGAAUCAUGUCUUUUUUUUACAUAUUUUUAUUCCACAUUUUUUUCAAUCAUAAUCUUUCAAUGACAAAUUCAUCUUUUUAUUGAUCAUGCAUAUCAAUUGAAAAUAGUAACGACAGUUUACUGUCGCUGGCCAUUGGCUUCAUCGCUUUUGACAAGCGACGCAGCCGUUUUGUAAUACUGGUGGGAUUGCUACGUUAUUUCCAUGUUUUUCUUUGAAAGUGGAUAACUCCGUUGCAGCAUUAUAGUUCGUACUAUCCAUAUGCGAAUUUUUAUUCAUUUAAUUGAGAUAAUUAAGAAAUUAAUUCUUCGUAAUAUUGAGAAGAUGAUAAUAAGUCUAACACGCUUGAAACUUAUUCUAGGUUUUACGCGAUUUUGCCUUGAAUUCGUAGUUCAUCUACAUGCUGAACCUCGAUAAUAAUAAUAAUACAGCUUAUUUCAACUAUUUUCUGAAAUAAUGAAUAUGAUAGUAGAGUUCAUUGGGAUGAGAGAAUAUAAAACUGUAAUCGAUUAUAUAUCGCUGUAUUUUCCCUAGGAAAAAGAAAUUAAGUAGGGAAAGUCAGAACUGAGUGACGAGAUGCAAGGGAUGCCAAUGUAGACGUCCUUUAAAUUUCUGGUGCUCCAUAGACACCGUCAAGUGCACUUUGAAUGAUUUAAUAAGAAAAAAUGGCCUAGAAUGAGAGAAGUGUGAAGUAUUUGAUAAUGAGAAAGAGUGAAAUAAAAAUGAGGCAAGAAGUAUAAACAAUGAAUUAAAAGAAGAGAAAAACUAAGAAAAAAAAACACAAUAAUAAGUAUGUGAAAAGAAAACGUUAUACGAAGAUUUUAUUGCAAAUUUAUUUAAUUAACGAAAUAAUAUAAAUGGAUAAAUGAUGGCAGGAACAUUAUUUCUAAGGCGCACGUCUCAAUCGAUGAAGUAAAAAGAGAAGCAAAAUAGAACAAAUGAUACAAUUUUUUAAUCGGCCUGGUUUGGUACAAAAUGGACGUGAGGCAUUGUUGUGAAAACGAAGGGGAAAAAAUGGAAACUUGUUCUGGUCAAGAGAAAUUGCCAUUUUUUUAGGUACUUUCAUUUCUUUCUCCAAUUUUUUUUCCUUAUUUUAACUAUAAAAUAAUUCAUGAUAAUUAUAUGAAAAGCAAAUGAAUAUUGUUAAUACAUUAAUGAUCCAUUUCAAUCUAUACAAAGUGCGAUCGAUAACGAAAAAGAGAGGAAAAUUGAGGGUGGUAAUUUUAUGUAAAAAGCAAUGUUAGAUAUUUUAUUGAUAUUUAUUGAUUAUAAAAUGGAGGUAAAAGAGGAUAACGAAAAAAAUGUAACAACAGAAUUCUAAGAUGAGAGAAUGUGCGCAUGGAAAAAUUAAAUCUAAUAAUUAUAUAUAUAUAUAUAUAUAUAUAUAUAUAUAUAUAUAU